CUCCCCCCCCCCCCUCUGCCACCCACCGCCUCCCCGGCGGUGCAUCGUGCUGGCUUGUCUCGUGUGGCACACCAUGCACGCCUCUCCCCGAGCCGAAAGAAGUAAAAAGAAGAAUGGGAAGAAGACCGGGAGGGGCAAGCAGAUCUCGUCGCUGGCCGCUCUCGACAAAAGAACGGCCCCUCCGAGGUAGGGAGCCAGGGAGAGAGAGGGAGGGAGGGAAGACGUGAUCACGGGGUAGGCAGGCUGCCCCUCCCAGAAAGGAACACCCACCAGCAACUCGUUCCGAAUCGGGCGAGUGCGCGUGCUCGGCGAUCAGAUUUCAGUUGAUCCUGUUCGGGAACCGAGGGCCGAAGAGGCAGAGAAGAGGAACGAGAGAGAAAAUGAUGGAAAAAAGGGCCGGAAACCAAUAAUAAAAUGAUGCUAUCCCGAGAAUGCCUAUAAGUUCUCUAGGCCUUAUCGUACCUAACUGCAGAGUCUCCGAUAGCGAAACCAGCCGGGAGAGGAGCCGCCUACCUACCUACCUAUGUUGUUACGCAUUACAGUAAAAACAAAACGGAAAAAAAAAAAGCUCGCCAGAACUCCCGAAGCUUGCUUGCGUAGGGCGGCUUUUCAGCAAAUUCGAUGGAGCGCAGCGGAGCGACUCGACGCGCAUAUCCCCGAUGCGCCUCUCUCGCUUAUAUCGGAUGGCAGGUGUGUAGAGGGUGCGCGUGCACCCUCCGCUCAAUCGCCAGGCCAGCGGUGACGAGCACGGAAUGCUCGAUAAGCGCCGAUGAUGAGGCCAAGAGAAACGCAGCCCCCAAAAAGGCUACAAACGACGUAUUCCUGGGGACGAGACUUGCCAAAUCCUCUCUUCCCCCCCUUCCCUUUCCCCUUCCCCCCACCCCACUCCAUCCCACACAAGGACGUGAGAAUCUAAAUGGACCGACGUUCUCCUCUCUUCCUCUUCCUCCUGCUCACAGGCCUGACCCUAGGGGGAGCAAGGGGGGCUUUUAUUGCCGAGCAGGGCUGAGGAGGGGGGGCGUUGUCCAGACAUACUACGUAGUAUGUACCAAUUGGCCGCGGCAUGCUGACUGGGGCGGGCGACGUCGCCGUGCCACACGCCGAAGCACAUGCAAAUGGACGGGCAGACCCCGGCGAAGCCACACACGCUGCCGCCACUAGACCCGAAGAGGACGAGACCCAAUCCCG